AUUCAGGCAUUCUUGAAGGCAGCCAAGUUUCCGGAAGAGCAACUGGUGCGAGUUUAAUGGACAAGGAAGAGAUAUUUGUUUAGGUUUCGUCUAGGAAACACACAUAGUUUUCUUUCCUCACAUAGUGCGGCUCUUUUUAAAUCGUUAGAAUGCCUUUGUUUGCCCAAAAUCCGUUUGAUCAAGAUGUUGAGAAGGCAACCAACGAAAAUAACACAACAGAUGACUGGGGCCUCAUUAUGGACAUCUGCGAUAAGAUUGGAGCGACACCCAAUGGACCGAAGGACAGCCUGAGAUCCAUUAUGAAGAGAGUCAAUCACAAAGUGCCUCAUGUUGCAAUGCAGGCCCUCAAUCUGUUGGGUGCUUGUGUGUCAAACUGUGGCAAAAUAUUCCACUUGGAAAUCUGCUCAAGGGAGUUUGCCAGUGAAGUACGGAGCGUGCUGAGUAGGGCCCACCCUAAGGUGUGUGAAAAGCUAAAGGCUCUGAUGUUGGAGUGGGCAGAAGAAUUCCAGAAGGAUCCACAGCUCAGCCUGAUCGGAGCCACCAUCAAGUCUCUGAAAGAGGAGGGUGUCACCUUCCCUUCCGCCUCUUCACAGGGGUCUACUGCAAAGGUCAACACACCUGCUGCGAGCAAAUCAUCGGAUGAUGACAACCUGGCCAAAGCCAUCGAGCUGUCCUUGCAGGAGCAGAAGCAGCAGGCGGAGACGAGGCCCCUGACCCUGACCUCUGACCCCCAAAGCUACACCAACGGAGGCGGGGGGCAAGAGGUCCGGAAGGUGCGCGCGCUGUACGACUUCGAGGCGGCUGAAGACAACGAGCUGACCUUCAAAAGCGGAGAACUCAUUCUGGUUUUGGAUGACAGCGAUCCAAACUGGUGGAAAGGAGAGAACCACAGAGGAGUGGGGCUUUUUCCCUCCAACUUUGUCACAACCAAUCUGAAUGCUGAGCCAGAGACAGAGACUUAUGUUGAAAAGGCGGCUACUCCUGAAGAGACGUCUUUAGAAACCAAAAUUGAGCCUGAGCCUGUCUUCAUUGAUGAGGGAAAGAUGGACAGAACACUUGCACUGUUGCAGAAUGCAGAUCCUGCAGAUCCUGCUCCUGAUGCUCCAGAGCUGAUCCAGUUGGAGGGUGCUUGUGAACAGAUGAACCCAAUGAUUGAUGAGAAGCUACAGGAGAUUGACAGGAAACACUCAGAGUUGUCAGAGUUGAACGUCAAAGUUCUGGAGGCCCUGGAACUUUACAACAAACUCAUGAAUGAGGCUCCAUUCUACACGGCCUACUCCAAGAUGCCAGGGCAGUACGCACCAACCAGUUCAGCUGUAGCCAUGCAGGGCUACCUUGGCCCGGCCAGCGCUCCUUACCUGCCUCCAGCGAUGCCUCAGGUGCAGCCAUACGCUUUACCCAGCGACCCACCUGCAUCGCUGCACUCACUUCCACCCAGCGUCUCAGCCCCACCAAACAGCCAAGCUGCUCAGUCUUCCUACAUGAGCAGUGGUAUGAACACUCAGUACAUGAACCAAGGUGCUGCAGCUCAUUACCCUCCCCAGGCGGGCGUGGCCAUGGACAUGUCGACCUAUCACAACUCUAGCAUGCCUCCCGUGUCCUAUCCUGUGGCUGCUCCACCUCAGCAGGCUCCUCACCAGCAGCAGGCAGCAUAUUAUCAGCAGCCUCUGCUGUAAAACUGCAACUGACAGCAGGCCUAUGAUGAAUACGUACGCAGACGUUUCCAUUUCCUGUCCUGUGUUCAUUUAGCUUACCUUGUGUCUGUGAGUGUUUUUGUGGUGAUUGCUUUGGGAACAUUCCUUUAGCCUUUUUGUGUGCCUGAUCAGCUGAAUUGAACACACCCCACGGGAGGUUGAAAUAACUGUGUAUGUAACACAGGAUAGUUGUUUAUUUGAGUUAGGACUCUCUCUCUCUCUCUCUCUCUCUGCAUGUCCUCAGCUGCUAUAUGCGAGGCUCAACAUGGCGCCAGGUGUUUUGUUUUGUUUUGUUUUGGGUUUUUUUUUCCUUGCUGACUAUGAUCACAGCACAGGUCUCCACAAAAGUCAACACAGAAGAAGAGUUGAAUGUGUCCACCAAUACAGGUCCAUGUCUGGUUCUGAAGAAAUUAGCAUUUUACAAUUCAUAGUUCAACACAGCGCUACUUGGACAGUACGCUAUUUCUAAAUUCACCUCGAAUGCCUGCAACAAGCAGUGACAGAGGGUCAGUCCGUGUCCACACUUAGGUAGAUAAAUGUGGGAAAAAAAUGCUUCUUUCUUUCUCUCCAUUGUGGCCUUCUAAUCACACUACCUUAUCUACACUGACCAUGUAGCAAAAGCAACACAUCCUCCCUGUCAGUGUCUGCACUGCAUAUCUACAGCUGCACUAGAGGUGUUUUGGCAUCCCAUAUAGUUUAAUACAACACCAGUGUAAUUACAUGCACUCAUAGGAAUAAAGUAGACUAAAACAGCAGCUCUGCAUGUGAAGGGAAAAUGAACGUCUGUCUUUGCGCAAGCCUUUUCAUGGCUGCUUUGCCAGCUGUAUUGAUCAAAACCGAAGCAUAUCUGUUCUGUCAGAUGCUUGUGAGACGAAUGACUGAAAAAUGUGUCCCCUAUAGAUGGCCUGCCAGAAGACAAAAAAAAAGAAAAAAUCUACCUUUCUAAAGCGUCUUAAAUAAAGUUGAAAAAACACCAGCUCAUGAACAACAAUCACCCUCCACAGACACGCAUGAUAUGCCAGUGUAGAUGGAACACCAUUUGAACUUGCAUGAACGUGGCCGAAACGGUUAUGUUUUAGCUUUUAAUGGCCGUCUUGUUUCUAAGUCUGUAGGUGAGUCUGAUUGAAACCCCCUGGAUUGAUGUGAGAGCUCAUAUUUCUGCGAAUCCAGCGCUGGUGUGGGAAAGGGUGUGGAUGCUCACUUCACAACUGCGCAGUCAUUUAACAGGCAGGAGCUCUGUUUUUUCUUUUUCUUCCUCACCAGCAUCCAUCACUAUAGCUGAUCUGUGGUUUGAACAGACUUUCUGAAGUUUAAACUAUGUUUUCAGCUAUAUUUGUGUGUAAAUGGUUCAAAAAUUACUCCCCUUACUAAAGUCACUGCCUUAAUGCAUUCUGUGGUUGCAUUUGAGAUAGUUAAGAUGACAUUUCUCUGUGUGUGUGUAUAUCUGUGUAUACAUGUGCACAUGUUUUGUACAUGCGUAUGGAUGCUUUAUGUACGCGUGUGUGUGAGGGCUUACCGAUAAGAGGUUCUUCAUCAUUGUAAAAUGACAUUGACGUUUUUGUAAGGGUCGUCAGAUUUUCGGAUAAACUGAGAAGUAGUUAGUUGGCUCUCUUUGUGUGUUCAUGACUCUUGUGUGUGUGGGGGGUGUCCUCCAUUUUACAGAAUUAGAGUCUGUGUGGUAAGUGGGCAAUAGUGCGAUUUUUCUCUGUUUGUAUUCUUCCAUUUCCAAAUUGUCAAUGACAUUACUUUGAUUUAUGUAUAUUGUGACAUUAUACACAUGUAAUUUACAUGGUUGGAGGAUGUGUAAUUGUUAUUCUUUGCUUUGCUUCUGCUCUCUUUAUUUUCAGAGUUCAGGCAAAAUGUAAGUGGAACAAAAUUUUCACAAAGAUGUCAUUGAUUGUUGAUGUUAAUAUGAGGAAAGAGAAAUGAGACAACAUGUUUCAAACCUGCUGUUGGUUUAUCCUUCAGUCUCCGGGUUCAUAUGUAGGAGCAGCUUUCAUAGAAUCAACAGUCCUGUUUGCAGUAGGUCCAUAGAGUCAGUUUAGCCACAACUGUCUAUAUUUCCUUUACCAGCCUCGUAUUAAAGGCUCUGUAUAUUAGAUGUAAAAUACCUGUUUUUGUCAGUGACAUUGCACCUUGGCCUUGUAAACAUGUAUUUACCACUGGAUGCCUUGUUUUUCUGUAGAAAUCAAAGAAUGACACGGAUACAACUUUGCUGAGUAACUUCAGUCUCUGCCGAUGUAUAAUUCUGUAUAUUUAAAAUAUUCCAGGAAAAGUUCCUUUAUCUUUAUCCAGGAUUUUAAAAUUGCCUUUGUAACAUAGCAAACCUAUAAUAUUCUUUGAAAUAAAAAAAAAUGACCUGU